AUGGAUUCUUCCGCCGAGGAGAACGCACAAACGCGUGAUGCGGCCUGGUGUGAUCUUCCAAGCCCCUUACGCGCGCGUGGCUUUACAGGAAGUAGGGAGGAUAUCCAAGCUGCUAGUGCUUAUCUCUUCUGCAACGCAGCAGCGAGACUCCAGCAGCAGAACCUCGAUAGGGUUGAGAGUACUGAUACCAAUCCAGCCGCCUCUGGCUCUGUUCUAGCUCCGGCUUCAAGAACUCAUCACCCUGUGCCACCGCUAAGAGAGCGCGACCUUAACGAAGGAAAUCCUGAAGUAGCAUCUUACCUCCAGUCAGAGAGCUACGAAGCCUUUUCUACUCAGAACAAUCCAGUUGAUAAUACUCAAUGCAUCAGCUCAUUUGAAACUUAUCAAUCGAACAAGUCGCGCUCCACCUUAGCAUUUAGCGAGGAAGUUGACCCUGAUAUUGGCCCCAACCCCCCUUCAAUCUCUGCUCAGUUUCCAACGGAAACUGUUGUCUCUGAGAAUACUCCAACUUCGCACCAUCAUCCAUUCAACCAGCUAGUUGACCCAAAACCUACAAGGGAGUCCUACCGUGUCUUCCCUAGGCUUCGCGAACCCCAGCAACAAGCUGCUCCUUUUCCAGCCCACAAGUUUGACCCUCAUUCGCGCCCAUUCCCCAUUAGACGCGUCUGCACAACAGAAAACCACCACUAUUACGAGGCCCCGCCUGUACAGACCUCUAAAUAUAAACAAUAUCCACGUCCUCAACGCGUCUACACCCGUGGCGAAUUUCAAGCGAGGACUAGAGAGCUCCUGAAACACGACACCGCUCCAGGCGGUUUCAACGAUUUUGAUCCCGAUUUCUCGAAUCGCGAGACACCAGCAACAUCGACUCUCAAACAGGUCCGCUCAUUCCCGGACCCACGCUCGCUUACUGACCCUUUACCAAAGUCGAGUCGUGGACUGGGUCCUAAUAAUAGACAGCGUUCUGCUACUGCUCCCAAGAGACCACAACCUCGCCCACAAAAACCACGCGAGUUCAAGGCUGACUCAUUCCCUCAACCACAUCACUUUUCAACUCUUAACCCCAAAUCUCCAUAUAACCCUUUGAACUUCAUUCCUGGUGGGGUCAACUCGUCGGGCUAUCUUUAUCUGCCGGCCCCUGGCAGUCAACCGGUUACGCGACCCGAGCCGGAUCAAGCCCCACCCGCCGACAGUCUAGCCGAGCCACGAGCUUUCCACGCCCAGGGUGACUUUGGCUUCCCGUUCGAUAGACCUUGCACUGUCGAGCCAGCUCCUGAAACGUGUCCAGCUCCGCUUCGGCCAGUCUUUCGUCUUGAAUUCCCUUCUGCGCAGGAGAUCAAAGAUCGGAAACGAAAGAAAAACGGAGCUCGGAGAUUUACUUCUUCUCUUAAGAAGCUCUUCUCCCGUAAAACAAAGUCAGACCCGGAAAAUACCACCGCUGCUUCUUGUCAGCCUAACGCGGAUUCUUCACCAGCACCAAAAGCUGAAGAAACUUUUAAAGGCCCUCCUUCAGCAGCUCCCCUUGGACGAUUUAGAGAAGAGCUAAGUGAAGCUGAUCCUACUCAGGCAGCGCAGUUAGAAGAACAGCUCAAGGACGUUGAUCCAGCGCAAGCUGAACACUUUGCAGAACAGCUUAGAAAGCCGUUUAUUACAGUCACUGUUGAUCCACCACCUGAAGACGACAGUACACCUCCACAAGAUACGCCCAGCAUGUUCACUGCAGGACAUCUUGACCCUUCCUCGGCCGUUAUGGCUAUUACCAAGCAGAAGGCUGAGGCCAUGCGACUUGCUCGAGAACAGGGAUUUAUUGUUCGAGAGAUGUGCCGUAGAGCUAAGACAGAAAUUCCUCCGUACACUUUUGAAGAAUUGAUCGGAAAGGGAUCAUAUGGUCGUGUUUACAGAGGACACCACCUUUCCUCGAAUUCUGUGGUCGCCAUUAAAGUCAUGGAUAUUGAUAACCUUGACUAUGAGACUACAAGAGAUUUUAAGGAUGAAUCUAUCAAGGACUUCAUCCAUGAGACGAAGGUCAUGUCUCAGGUAAAGGAAGCUGGUGCAAAGAAUAUCAACAUCUUCAUUGAAGCGGUGUCGAUACAUUCACAACUUUGGCUUGUUAGCGAGUAUUGUCCUGGUGGAAGCAUCAAAACACUGAUGCGCGCAACUGGUGAUAAGCUGGAAGAGAAAUUCAUCAUCCCAAUUGCUCGAGAGGUAGCUGUGGGUCUGAAGGCUAUCCAUGACGCCGGCAUUAUUCACAGAGAUGUAAAAGCUGGCAACAUUUUAAUCCACGAAGAGGGAAACAUCCAAAUCUGUGAUUUUGGUGUUGCAGGAGUCCUCCAAAGCCAACGUGAUAAGCGUUCAACCUGGAUUGGCACUCCACAUUGGAUGCCACCAGAAUUGUUCCCAAGUAAGCCUGGGGAUGAAGUCCAUCCUUAUGGCAAUGAGAUUGAUGUUUGGGCAUAUGGUUGUACCCUUUUCGAAUGCGCUACUGGUAAUCCACCCAACGCUACCUUGAGAGAGAGAAUGCAAAUCGGUCGCCAGCUCAAUCGCUUUACUCCGCGACUUGAUGGAGAAAAUUACUCGGAAGAGUUAUGUGGGAUCGUCUCGUACGCAUUAGAUGCAGAUCCUAGGACUAGACCUGCCAUGGGAGAUAUCCUCGGUCAUCCAUACAUCGCUGGUUCCGAACAGACUCAUCCUACUGAAAGCUUGAGAGAACUGGUAAAAACCUAUUACCAGUGGUCUCAGCGUGGAGGCCAGCGAAUCUCGCUUUUCAAUCCUGGAGGCGCUGUUGCAGCGGAAAUGCCUGGAGUUAAAGGCCCACUCGAAGAUGAAGCCUGGAACUUCAGCACAACUGAGGGAUUUGAAAAGAGAUUCUCGAUCAUUGACUUGGAUCAGAUUUCUGCUUCACUUGCAGCUCUAGAAACCGAGCAGUCUCUAGAGCCGAAUUAUUCCUCCUUCGAUCAAUUUAACAUGGACUCUGAAGAAAGAGAGCUCACGGCAGAAGAAAAGGUUAACUUUGAUGAGAGAGUCAAGAGAGGCGCUGCCGCCAUGGAGGGAUUAUUCGACGAAGCAAAGCCGAAAUACAAGUACGAAACGAAGAAUGAUUUCGUUCCUGUAGAGCAGACGCGCAAGAUCACCGACUUGCCAUUGAGAACUGAUACGGAUAGGUCUUCCGUCGCGUCUACCUUUAUUGACAUUAAUCUUGGAGUCUACGACUCCUCUCAUUAUGCAUCCGCUUCAGGAUCUGCCAACCCUCCUUUCCAGCUUGCUGAUGCCGACACUAUUCGUGCUAAUCGAUCCAGCAGCCGAUCGUACCGUGCCUCGUCAAGCGCGGGCAGUGAGCCACAAGAUGAAUUCCCACAAAACCGUGGCCCACGCCCUCCAACAAUGGAUUGGAAGUUCCCAACCACGGCUACAAGCAUUGAAGAACAUGAAAGCCCCAAUGCAACCGAUGACGAGAUUGCUCCGCAUGAUGCCGAACCGCUUGAGCAGCCGCGAGAGGAGAAGCGGGACACUAGGGCCUGGACAUUCCCUGUUAUGACCGUUGAAGAAGAUGGGCCAGGAGACGAACCGAUUGAUGAGACAGCCCAUGCUGAAACCCCUGGUGCAUGGAGCUCCGAUAAUGAAAGCACAACUGCACAAGCAAUGUUUCCACUUCAACACUCACCCUCCGUCCUCGAUAGGGCCAUUGGUAAACCAGAGCACCGCACACUUGCCUCCGAAUCGCGUCCGUCCACCGCUGAGUCAAUACAAUCUUCCGUCUCCGAUGCUGACUAUGACCCAUUCAGAUUGGAUAGAGAGGGCGUGUCAAGCGGCCCUGCAAACAAUGUCCAAAGACGAGGCCUGGCAAAGGCACCUCCAAUCAGAGAGCCAGAUUACCCAUAUUUCCCUCAUGACGACGAGUACAACAACAACCACUCUCGACCUAACACAGCCAACGGUUUUGAGGAACAUCAUGUCGGCAGCUUGCCAGAAAGCGUGACUCUUAGAAACGGAAAUGCAACAGCCGUACCCCUUUCCCGCUCUGGAAGCUCGUCGAUGUACUCUCAGAACGGGAAUAGCAACGGCAAUCUUAGGGGAUCACUUAACCCUGCACCAGCAGCAGAGAAUAACAGUUUGACCCAAUUCCCUGAAUUGAAUCCUCCAAGCAUUGAGAGCCUAACGGAGGGGGCCAGCGAUGAAGUCGUUACCGCGGAGCUUGAUCGGUUGUUCGGAGAACUUAUGCACGGCCUCGCAGCUACGGGUGAGGCAAUCCAGUCCAUGGACUCAGCCAAAGCGGCAGAGAGUGAUGUGCGACCAGAAUCACCAUGA